AGCCUUUUUUUUGUUUGGCUGAGAAGCUCUGGGAGUAUUCUCAGAAUUAUUUAUUUAUUUAUUUAUUUAUUUAAGUUAGAAGCGACAGUGCACAUUAAUGAACAUUUGCAUGUAAAUAUGCGGGAUUAUAGCCCCUGACUAAUUUUCAUCCGUAGUCCCUUGGCAGGUUGAUUUUACAAAGUAGUAAAAACGUUAGAAGAAAGGAAAGGAAGAAAAACGUGAUAGUGAAUACGUUAGAUCACCAAGGACAAAAGGAGAAAAAAAUUCAUACUUUAUAAGAGAAAACAUAAUAACAUGGUGUACAAACUGGGGCCAUUGAUUUGAAUGCCUGUUUGUAAUACGGCCUCUGGUUUAUUGGCAAGUAGUUUUCACCUAAUACAACGAAUGUGUUUUGGUGUUUUUAUGCAUAAGAAUUUCAGGGUUCCCAGGGUCAUAGAUAACCAAGAAAAAAACGUGAUGGAAUUUCACAAUCACAAUUCCAGGCCAGGAAAAGCAAUGGGAUUGGUAAAAUCAUUGACAGUUUUGGAAAAGUCAUGGAAUUUUGUUGUGUGUAAUGAAAUUGUUAUAGUAGCCUUUUGUGAAUAACCUUCCAUGUAAUGUAACAUAACAGCAACUUUAUUUUCUGUAGCUGUCAAUGUAACGUACCUCUAAUAUGCGUCGCUGUGUGACGUUUUGUUUAUCAUCACAUAUGCCUACAUGUGUUCACUUUCUCCCAGCUUUCCAUUUCACCCUUUAUGUAUGCCCACCAGCUGAAAUUAUGUUCCAAUAGAGUUUAGGUCGAGUUUUGCAAAAAAAAAAAAAAAUUAAUGGAAAUUUUGUCCAUGAAAUGUGUGGGACCCCGGUAGUUAAUAUAGUAAGAGAAAAUAAAACAAAACAUAAAGCCACUACUGCAAAGUCAAGAAACAUAAAUAUAGAAUGAAAACAUUUACAUUUAGCCUAAAGAUGUGUCUCAGACGCGUGUUAAGGUGUUACAUACCUUUUUAAGGCUUCUUGACAUGUUUUGGCGGAAACUUCCGCCUUCCUCAGAAGUGUCACUUGGUGGUGGUUGUGACGCGUCUUUAUCAGCUGAUCUGUCAAUCAGCUGAUGUUAGGGAGGAUGACCAUCCUGUCAGUUUUGUCAAAACUGAAGUUUCUGCCGAAACAUGUCAAGAAGCCUAAAAAAGCUAAUGUAACACCUUAACACUUGUCUGAGAUAAAAGAUCAACUAAAGUGAAGGUCAGUAACAUGACAGGGUUUAAAGGGAGCAUUUCAGAGAGGCAGAUUCUCUCAGAAGUAAAGAUGGGCAGAGGUUCACCAUCCUGCAAAAAACUGUCUAAAAUUUGUGGAACAAUUUCAAAAAAUAACACUUUGAAUAUCCCACCAUCUACAGUACAUGAUAUCAUCAAAAGAGUCAGAGAAUCUGGAGAAAUCUCUGUUCGCGAGGGGUGAGGCUGAAGGUCAAUACUGGAUCCUUGAGAUCUUCGGGCCCUCGGGCAGCACUGCAUUAGAAAUAAAACAAAUGCAAGAACUUACUAGAUAUGAUGAUCAAAGAAGAGGAAUCUCUGAAGAAGAGGCUCAUAAACAGCAUUCAGAUAUGCAGGACAGAAAUGGAGAAACUCUGCCUGGAGCUUCAACUGCCUGUGUUUGAGGAGGAGAAUGGGAUCAGCAUGCUGCAGCAGGAGAAGAACAUCCGCACACAGGUGGAGGCUCUAAUGAAGGAGAAGACUCAGCGGAAGCAGCAGCUGAAGGUCCUUCUGGAGCAGGACCAGGACCUGUGUGAUGUCCUGUGCUCCAUGCCUUAUGGCAUCGCUCCAGACUCUGUCCCCACACCGGAUCAACUGAAGAGCUUCAGCCAGCAUAUUGUUAACCAGAACGCAGAGAAGGUGAGGCGGUAUGCUGAGUUCAUGGACCUCAAAAGGCAGAUCACCUUGCACAUGGAGGAGCUGGACUACAUCCCAGAGACCAGCUUUGAGAAUGACGUCAUCUGUGAGGAUGAGGACUCUUUUUGCCUUUCCAGAGACAAUAUCGCGGCACUCAAACUGCUGGUUUGUCAGCUUGAGGAACGUAAGGCAGAGAAUGAAGCGAUGUGUGAGGCUCACAGAGAGAAGAUCCAGCGGUUGUGGGACAGACUGCAGGUGCCCCAGGAGGAGAGGGACGCCUUCAACGAACACAUGGUCAUGUCCAAAAAGAGGAACCUGGAGGCGUUGCAAGCAGAAAUUCAACGUCUGGAGGAGCUCAAACUACUAAACGUCCGCAAUGUCACAGAUGCCCUCCGCUCCGAGAUUGCUGUGUUUUGGGAAAAGUGCUUCUUCAGCACUGACCAGCGGCACGCAUUUUCUCCGUAUUUCAGUGAGGCUUUUACCGAAGAGCUGCUGAGUCUGCAUGAUGCUGAGAUCCAGAGGCUGAAGCAGCAUUAUGAGGAUCACAAAGAGCUUUUUGACGGAGUUCACCAGUGGGAAGAAAGCUGGAGACUCUUCCUUGAGCUGGAGAAUAAAGCCACAGAUCCGACAAGAUUCACUAACAGAGGAGGGAACCUUCUCAAAGAGCAGAAACAGAGGUCUGAGCUGCAGAAAAGUCUGCCCAAGCUUGAAAAGAAACUAAAAGCCCAGACUGAUGCAUGGGAAAGUGAACAGAAUCAGGAGUUUCUGGUAAACGGUCAGAAGUUUCUACAGUAUGUGGAGGAACAGUGGGAGCUGCACCGAAUAGAGAAAGAGAAGGAGAAACAAGAGAGGCAUCUAAAAAAAAGCAAACAGACCGAGGAGGACAUGCUGUACGGGACAACAGUGCGAACCCCCACCAAACGCAGAUUCCUUUGCACUACUACCCCAAAUAAAUCCAGAAAGCUCAACGUGACUUCUAGCAUUUCCAGUGCCACCUCUUACAGCAACAGCCGCUCUGUCUAUGGUGGAACUGUGUGUCGCUCACCUGUGUCCCGCCCACCUCUCUCAGCAAACAAGGUGCCAGUAGCACUGACACCAGGUGGCAGUAAAUCCCCCCACCCACGACUGCAUGGCUGUAACAAGGAGAACAAAGCCCAGCUGAAGGGGAGCCCUCUGAGUGGUGCGUUGCUGACCCCUGCAGGUCCACAGCGUAACUUCAGCAUAGCCUCUGUUGCCAGCACAUAUUCAGAGUUUGUGCAAGACCUGUCCAAGGCCUCUAACGCCAAGAUCCAGCACAACAUCCUGAACUCCACCUCCACCAACCUUUGACCUCUCCACUCUGAGGGGGACUGCGUCAGAUAUUACAGUAGUCCUUUCAACGAAGUUCUGAUCUCCUUUAAAAUAGAUCAUUGGCUUUCACUGCCAUCUACUUUUAUAUGUAAAUGAAGGUCAUAAUAUAUUGUGUUAAAACAGUGAUAAACAAGUAUGAUCACUGUAAGAGGAAAAUCUGUUUGUAUCAGCAGUUAAACUAACACUACUUGGGCUCUAAAUUUUUGAGAUGUAAUAAAUGUCUGCAUUUUAUACGGCACAUUAAAAAAAAAAGAGAGAGAGAAAAAAGAAAGAACAAAAGAAUUUUAAGCUUUCUGAUGUUAUGCAAUUUGGGUUACAGGCCAAAUGUAUUAUGAAUACUUUGCACUUUUUUUAGCUAAUGUAUUGCAAUGCAUUAUAUAAUUUUACACACACUCACACUGUUCCAUUCAAAUCUGUUUUUAUACAUGUAUGUACUUGUGUAUAUAUUUCUGUAUCCGCUGUUUGACCAAGAUGUUAGUUGUAUAGACAGGAUGUUAAGGCUGUUAAAGCCCAGCAAAUAUUGGUGUUACGUAACAGUUUAAAUAUAAUUCAAUUACAUGGAUUUAACAAACUAUUAUGGCUGAUUUGGAAAAGCUUGUCAAAAUAUAAUGAAUGCAUUUUCACUAAAAGCA